UCCACGCUCACGCUCCGACCGGACCUCCCGGCUGCGCGCCUGCACUGCUCGCGCGGCGAGGCUGACGAGCGCCGCUGGCAAGCAUCGCGCCGCCCGACUGCUCCUCGAUGCCGCGCUGAGGGCGCGCCAGGCGGCGACGAGUCGCGGCGAGCUGCUGGUUGUGGCUCGGGCGCUGCUCCGCGCCGUCGCCUGCGCGCGUGGCGAUGCUCCCCUGCAGCGGAGCGCGAGGGAGCGGCUCGCGCUCCUCCUCUGCCAGGAGGGGCUGGCGUCGGAGGCGGGACUCGAUGCGCUCCUCGCUCGCGGCGGCUACUCGCACCGCCUCGCCUCGCACUGCCUGAGGUACGAGGAGGAGGAGCCCGCGCCGAGCGCCGCCGGCCGUGCGGCGGCUAUGGCGUGGCACUGCCUCGCCCGGCCCGUGCCACCGCCUGUGCCACCGCCCGGCGGAGGAGCUAGAGGAGGAGCCUUCGUGGCGUGCCUCGAAGGCGCGUUGCCCCGUGGAAUGGUGGGCAGGCGUCCGGCUCGCCUCGCCCUUCUUCUCGUACGUGCACUCGCUGCGAGGCCCGCCCGCCUCCGGCCUCGACCGCGCUAUCCGGCGGCUGCAGCGGCUCGCCGCGGCGGCGAUGCCCGAGGUGGCCGAGGCGGGUCACGCAGAGUGGUGGGCGCACUGCCGACCGCACGCCACGGGGCACCAGAUGCACUUUGACUCGGCGGACGAGGGGCGCGGCGCCAGAGGGCCGCGGCACCCGCUCGUCUCGUGCGCCCUCUUCCUCACCUCGUCCGCCGGCGUGGUGCCCGGCCGCGGGGCGAGGGGCGGCGCCGCCCGCGUCUCGCUGAUGGUCGCCUUCUGGCCCUCGCUCGAGGCGAGGGAGGCGGCGGAGCCAAGCGCGGCGAGGCCCUUUCCGUACGGCGGUGCGCCAGAGUGGGCUCCUCUCUUCGACUGGCCUGAGGAGGAGGACGGGGAUGGCGCCACGGGGGGCGGAGGGGGUGAGAGCGAGGGCCGGGAAGGUGACUCGACCCGUCCGGCGCCGCUCCGGCUCGUCUCCCCGAUCUGGCAAUCUGUGCAGGGAGGGGGAGCGCCAGCGGCGGGGCUGCGCCGGAUGCCUCCGUACGAGGCCUGCUUUCAGGGCUUCUAA